GCUGAGGUGCAGCGCCACACUCAUGGGAAAAAUGAUGAGCAGCAGAAACAGGGGAAGUGGGACUGAGGCCACCCGUCCAGAUGCUGGGCCCAGCAGCCCGGCCCCUCUGAACAUGAACCACUACGCCAAUAAGAAGAGUGCGGCCGAGAGCAUGCUGGAUGUGGCUCUGCUGAUGGCCAACGCUUCCCAGCUAAAGGCUGUGCUGGAGCAGGAGGCAAACUUCAACUUCUACACCCCCAUCAUCACCCUAAUCAGCAUGUCCCUGUGUCUGCAGGUCGCGGUCGGGGUCCUGCUCAUCUUCAUAGUUCGUAGGAACCUGAACGAUUAACAAAAUCAGCGGAGGCUGAACAUGAUGGAAAACUUGGCCACAAGCCUGGUUUUUAUCAUUGUGGUGGUCAACGUCUUCAUCACGGCCUUUGGAGUCCACAGGCCGAACCAUGGCGACUGA